CAAUUAGGUCCUUAAACGUGCCCACAAAGUAGCUCCUACAUAGUUCUCAAUAGUCCUAGAAAGUUCCAAAAAACCCAAAAAUCUCAAAACAAAAAACAGAGCCUAGACUACACUAGAAGCCUCUUCUUUUUUUUGUUUGCUGAAUACACUAGAAUCCUCUUAGUCAUCUUUAUAAAUACCCAACCCAUCAAAUCCUUCAACCAUCGAAAAAAAUUCAUUAAAAACCUGUGUCUCAGAAGUUAUUACCAACAACAUCAAAGUUCAAAUAUGUCGAUGAUUCCAAGCUUCUUCGGUGGCCAACGCAGCAAUAUUUUCGACCCAUUUUCUCUAAACGUAUGGGACCCAUUCAAGGAUUUCUCAACCCAAAUUUCCAAAGAGAAUUCUGCUUUCGUUAACACUCGUAUUGAUUGGAAAGAGACCCCAGAAGCACACGUGUUGAAAGCCGAUCUUCCUGGGCUAAACAAGGAGGAAGUGAAAGUCGAGGUCGAAGAUGACAGAGUGGUUCGGAUAAGUGGAGAGAGGAAGAUAGAGAAGGAAGACAAGAAUGACACGUGGCAUCGUGUCGAGCGGAGCAGUGGCAAGUUCGUGAGAAGUUUCAGGUUGCCGGAGAACGUGAAGAUGGAUCAGAUUAAGGCCGCUAUGGAGAAUGGGGUUCUCACUGUUACUGUUCCCAAAGUGGAGGUGAAGAAACCUGAUGUCAAGGCCAUUGAAAUCUCUGGUUGAUUUUGUGUGUGUGUGUGUGUGUGUGUGAAUUGUGUAUGUGCUUUUGGGAAACAUGAUUAAUCUCAGCUGUGAAUGUUGUGUGUGCGAAGUGUUUGCUUAAAAUAUCUAUGCAAAUAAUACUUUUUGUCUAAUUUUUUUAUGAUGCUCAAGUAUUUAUGAUCGUUCUUUA